GUCGUGCCAUACAGCAAGUGAACCUUGGCAUCGACCCGUUAUGCGACUUUCCGUUGAUUAAUAAAUGUUUAAUAGUUCGGUCGGAGUCCUCGCGAGGGUGUACAGUAAGACGAGGCACGUGGCUGCCGUCCACAUGAACCGUAUGUGUCGGGUUUUUCAUUUACAGCCGCACUUUGACUGGUUCCAGGUCAGUUUGUGGUGCAAGUUGACCGUGUGGCAGCAGCAGUUUACUCUCUCCGUGUUUCAGCCGUGCACGAUCCGAUCGCACUCCUCCAUACGACAAGAGGUCCUGUCGUCAUGGCGUUGGUGAUCCGCCGGUAUCGUCCAUCCGACAAAGACACGGUGCUCACCUUGUUUGGUACUUGCACCCGGGAGCACAUAAGCCCAUGUUUUUUCAAUGCCAUGAAAAGCUUUUACCACUUUUCCGUCAUUAUGGCUCUGCUCAUUGCUGGAUAUCACCUGGGCUCUGUGUUUGCAGCUGUGCUGUUACCAGCAGCGUGGACGGGCCUUGUCUACUUCAGCUGCUACACACUAUACGAUGGCUACGUCAGACUGAAACUGAAUUCAGACAUGGCUGACAUCGUCGGGAGCUUUUUGAGCAGACCCGAUGACUGCUUCUGGGUGGCUGAGGUUGAGGGAAAGGGACAGGUCGUUGGUAUGGUUGCUGUGGUGGCGAAACAGAGCGGGAAAGAGCGAUACGGAGAACUUUUCAGAAUGAUCAUCGCUCCAGAGUUCAGACGGGCGGGCCUCGGUUCCAGGUUAACUGAGACUGUGCUGGCCUUCAGUAAGGAACGAGGUUUUUCGAAAGUGUUGCUGGAGACGAGCAGCACCCAGCAGCCUGCUGUGGCUCUGUACAAGAAAUUAGGCUUUCGCCUUGUCCUUGAACUGACCGAAGGAGAACUUCCCAAUUGGAUUGUCUGGAUGUCCAGGGUCAAGAUUUAUAGACUGGAAAAAAACUUGUGAGAGUGAAAUAAGCCUGAUCAGUUUUUGUGAUGUCUCUGUUCUGCUGGCCUAGCUGUGAUGUCCACAUUCAACAGUAAUGUUUAGCUUUAGUAAACACUCUGCUUAGAUUUCAGGAAGUACCAAUCCAAUCUAGUGCCGUCAACCAUCUGCUUAUAUCUGUCAAUCCAAAUUAUAUCACAAUGAUGGUGACUCGUUACUUGAAACUGUUUUAAAAUGCCAUAACAACCAUAUCAGACGGCUACUCUCCAGCAGAUCCUGUGGUGGAAAAAACACUUGUUGCAUUACUCACUAGACAAAAGUGAACAUAAACAUUGAACCACUGCAAUGGUAAAGUGAAACAUUUCACUCAGAAAUCAACAAUUUGAGGAAUUCAAACCUUAUAACUCCAUUUAGAUGCUGAAAAGAGGGUGUUACUUAACUUGUUAAGCAAGUGGUUUCAGCAAUGUAAAGACAGACAGGCCGAUUAUAAAACUCCAUUCAAGGAAAUACAAAUGGAUUUUGAAGAACCUCUGAGUAAUUGUUUGAUUGUGUCGUGGAAGUCGUUGAAAUAAUGUAUCAUGGUUAUUUUGUCGCAACUUGGAUAUCGAGAGUUUGACAAUGAUUUCUUUUAUUUCAGUAAUCAAACUAAAUAUUAUCUGAUGCAACACUGUGUCUGCCUUUGCCCGCACUCCUGUACUCUGAACCAUAUGAAGCAAUGAAGGUGCAAUUAACAGGUGCAAUGAAAUCAGCAAAAAAGAGUCUGGUUAACGGUUGUAUAUACUCAGACUGAUGGGGGCAUGGAAAUUUAAUCCAGAAGCAUGCAAGCAAAUGGAACUAUGUACUGUGUUUUUAGGCCAGGUAAAAAUCAUUGUGCAGACUUCAAUCUUAAAGUGUUCUAACUUUUGAUUUGUUUACAAAGUUAAAUGUCUUAUUAUUGAACAGAAAAUGUGAAAAUGAUGUCUCCUGCUGUAAAACACCUGUUUUUCCUCUGCAGUGAAUGUUGAUGAAGAAAGUGUCUCUCCACAGACUGUUUCAUUUGGAACAAGCUGCAUUUAACUCCACAAACACUGCUGUAAACAUCAGAUAUUUGCUGCCAUUACCGAGGAAACUUAACUUGAUAGGUGAAUAGGAUGCAUGUCAGAAUUGACAUUUUCUCUGUUUUAAUAAUGCUGAUGU